GAGAACGACACGAUCCACCGAUAAGUCGCUCUAUUACAGGCGUUUUCUGUUAAAAUGCGACUCUCUGCACAUUAUCAAUCCUAACCGCUUUUAUAUGAUGGAUAUUGAUGCUUUUGGCGGAUGGAUUAAAACGGGAACAUUAACCUAAAAAUAAUUUAAUGGGGAAAAUAAGAAGAGUCUCAUUAAGAUGACACGCACAGAUCCACCUGACAUACUAGUAUCGACUGUGUAUCAAGAUGUCAAAGUAAAUUCCCUCUCGACACACUCAAAAUCCUGUAAUCCCUCAAAACAAUGUGAUUCCCCAUCCAUCAGCAAACUGGAGGACACUCGAAAAAAAAGCGAAAAGAGGCACUGCCGUAGCUUUGACACUGAGUCUAUGGACAAACUCAAAUAUCAUACAAUAGCAAUGGAGUACCCAUACAGAAGGGCUGAGAGGUAUGCGGCCAAUCCAGAGGUUGCCUGGAAUGCCUUAGGUCGCCAACAAGGGCAUGGACUCCACCGUUUUUCUUCCCCAGACCUGAUUAACUACCGUCUCGCCACCCAGCCAAUAACUGCUGACAUGCCCGCUGAAAUUGCUGUGACCGAAUUAAAGAGGAGGGCCAGAUCGAGAAGUGCCUCAAGGGUUCAGACCAGCCUCACCCCGGUAUCAUUCGAUGCCUCUCCUCCAGUUGCAAGGAGGGGCAGGGAAGCUCAAAGGGCUCAUAGAAUCCCUCAGCCAAGGUCAGAAGUUUCCCCAAGAAGAGAGUCUUCCUAUGCCGCAACGCGGGCACAUAUGAACGAAGUACACCCCAUCAAAUUACAGCCACAGAGGACUGAUACAAGCCGGUAUUCUCCUGUUUACGUUUCUGAAGGAUUUGAUGAAGGAAGGCCAGAGAAACCUGCAACUAGUCCUCAUGUUCGGUGCAGAGUGGACAUUAAACCAGACAAGUCAGCCAUACAACAAGGUGGCCAGAAGGCGCCUACUCCCCAAGUGGACAUUCCAUGGCAAAAGUAUCCUAGCAGUGGCAGUCGGAGUCUGACAGUGCCUCGCCAUUUGUCCACCUCUAGGACGUCAACACCCACUGAAUCCUUCACAGGAGAGUUCAGGCAGGCGUACCAGUAUUCCCAAAGUAUGCCAAAUAGUUACAUGCAGCCUAUGGAAAUCCCCUUACAAAAGGUGGUCUCGCCACAGGAGCCAAGGGAACAUUACCGAAGGGAACGAAGGGCUCAUUCAAGCCCCAAUGUGCCAACUAAAUUCUUCUAUGCAGAGGAUUCAGGGAAGUAUGGAUCUUCAGCUCCAUCAAGGAUGUACUAUCAAGACGACCGAUACAGCAUUCCUAGCCAAACCUACUCACCUAAAGUACAAUAUGUACAAGAUCCAAGGACUCACAUUGUUCAUACUGUACCUGCCAGGCCAUAUUGCACAGAAAUGUACCCCUAUCAUUACCCUGGACAACAUGUAUACCCUAAAACCUAUGCUGCAAGUGAACCAGGGGCAUACAUAAUACAGACACCCCCAGCGAGAACCUUCUAUGGAGAUGACCCAAGGACUUACCAGAUCCAAACAGCACCUCCUCGGAUUUUCUACAUGCGUGACCCCUUCACACCACCAAUGGAGCAUCAUAUUCCAGCAAGGGCAUAUUACACGGAGGGCAGAAGACAUGCCCGUGUAGUUCAGCCACAAUCAGAUGACUGGUAUGGCUCAGAGGUGUCUGGCUACUCUAGCCACUACCCCUCCUCAUAUGUCUCACAGGUUACUCCUACAAGAGUUAAACAAGAGCCAAAGCCAACACCUUGGUAUGCCAACCCUUGCAUGGAGCCUGCAAGAACCGUAACAGACCCAAGACCAUACUCAAGGUCUUGGGAUAACAUCCUUGAUACCCAUGUAGAGAGGGAACAGCCUGUGCCUCGAGGUAAGAGUGACGAGAAUCUUCUUUGCCAAGGGAUACAAACUGAAAGACCAAAACCUGUGGUUGUUAACCUCUCGAGCUCGCCAAGGCGUUAUGCCGCACUGUCCUUAUCCGAAAACUCUUUGAUUGACAAAAGUCCAACUGAGGCCAAGAGCUCUUCAAGCAAACUAUGGUUUGUCACGCCUGAAAUUACCAUCACAGACAAUGACAUCAGACCAAGCAACCUGAGUAAAUCAGAACCACGCUCUGCAAGUUGGGAUGUGCUGGAUUCAAAAUGUCAAGAUGCCCCCAAACAUGAAGCAAAGCCCCACCCUGUAGAAUCUACCAAAGAAAAAACGCACAGCACCACAUCCCUACAGCAAAGUUUAGAGCAGCUUGAUGAGCUUCUAGCUGGCCUUGUCAUUGAUUACAAACCUCCAUCUAGGGGGACCAAUGAAGACCUCCUUGAUCAACUCAAAAAACUAAUUGAUGAAGAAGAAGCAGUAUCUUCAGCAAGAAAGGAUUCAACGGCAGGGUCUGAAAGUGGUAUGCCCCUUAACAAACAACCUACAUCCAUAAAAAUUGAUCCUGACACUCUAAGAGACACUGAUGGGAGCUGUGAUGGGCUCAAAAGUACGGACGAGUGCUCCCCUGACCAGAGCCCAGAUGAGGAUGAUACAAUGAUGUGUUCAAACAACAAAUGCCGUCGGACUGAGACAUUGUUUAAUGCCUGCCUCUACUUUAAAUCCUGCCACAGCUGCUACACGUACUACUGCUCUCGCAACUGUCGCCGCGAAGACUGGGAUGUCCAUAAGGAGAGCUGUCUCUAUGGGCGAAUUGGCAGUGUGUGCCGCCACAUUAUCAAGCACUGUCGAGAAACGGCAGAGGUCCACAAAGCUUUCUCCCGUAUGGCCAAAGUGGGAUACCUGUCUCGGGGAAGGGGUGUGCUGUUUUUGGGAUUUCCAAAUCCAGGUUCGUCCACCAAUUUUCUUCAGUUUGGACUCGAAAGUUUACUCAUGUCUCCAACAUACUUAUCACUUCGUGAGCUAGAGAGCUUCAAGGAUAACCUUGGGGAUUAUUCAGAGGAGCUCCAAGAGGCAGGAAAGGAAUAUGACCCUAAUGAAUGUUUCCUCUUGAAUGUAUCCAUCGCUGUUGGCGAUCAAGUGCCUGACGGACCAUCACCAAGGGUCCAAGCCCCAACCGUCAGGAAAUUUGCCAAGGUAGCUCUAGCCUCCUACAGCCCAGAAAAGAAGGUCCAUCGGAAGGAAAGCGACAUGGAGACGUUGAUCCUCACCCCACCUCCAGGUAUGGCAGACAUUGACAAGGAAGGCGAGGAGGGACGGAAAGCCAGAGAGAUAUGCUUCAUCAACAUUCAGCGGGAGUUGAGGAUACGUGGGGUGUUCCUUCGCCAUGAGUAUCCCAAUGUCUACCAAAAGCUCUGUGAAUUUGUUGAGAACAACAGGAGGUUCACACCCACCACUAUUUACCCUAUUGAUAAAAGGACCGGAAAGCAGUUUAUGUGCAUGAUUAUGGCAGCGUCUGAGCCACGAACUUUGGACUGGGUAGCCAACCCACAUCUACUAGAUGACAUUAUUUAAACAAGUGCACCUUUUAUGGAUAAAUGCAUAGAUCUCACUAUAGUACAUAUCUAUAUAUCAAGCUUAUUUGUAAUACAUGUUUGUAGAUACGUAUUUUGUUAAUGGAAAAAAAAAAAUGUAUUCAAAUCUGCAAGGUCAGUAUUAUUCGACGUUAGAAUAUUGUCCAUCAGAUGUUGAAUAUGAGUAAUCUACAUUGUUUUUUUGUUUUUGUUGUUGUUGUUUUUUCUUUUUUUUACUUGGUAUUGGUAUCCCAUGGUUGGUUAAUGUAUGCUUAGUUUUCAGUGGCAGUUUCUAUUUGGUAGCAAUUCUCUUUUGAUAUCAUUGUUUUCUUAUUGUUCACAAAGAGAAAAAUAAGUAUCCUAUUUAUUUUGGCAAACUACAGAAUUAUGUACUAAUUUACUUACUUCAGAGAUAAAUAUUAUUUUCCUAUGCAAAAAUUACCAACAUUGUCCCUCAAAAAUGUUGAAAAGUUUUGGCUAAAGAAAUAUGGUACUAUAUUACUUUAUUUCUAUAAAAAUAUGUAUAUUUAUUGGUAUGUUUAAUACAGGCAUUAUAUUAUAUUAUAUUAUAUUAUAUUAUAUUAUAUUAUAUUAUAUUAUAUUAACUGGAAGAACAGGAAUUUAAGAAUAACUUCAAAAGUGCACAACAGAAUCACAGUACACACAAAAGGCCCUGGAUUAUUCAUGGCCUAUAUAAAGUACUCAGAGGAAUGGCUUUAAUUAAAAAGAGAGCUGCUUUGAAUUAAGUGGCAAAGUUUCAGCGCUUAAAUUUUUGUGCUCCAACUUGGUAACUCAUUUUUGUAAAUGGUUUCAGUAGGUUCCAACUUAAUGAAGUAAUUGGUGCUUUUAUGUGUGUUUCGUAGAAUUACUUGAGCAAUAAUGAACUUGAAGACAAAGUCAAUCUAGAAAACAUUUUCGAUAUGGUAUCAGUGAUGUGCUGCACAUUAGGCGUUGGCAGGUACUGUUCCAUCAGAAACACUGUGAACAAGACAUCACUUGUCAUGCGUGUCAGUGAUAGAGUCCCCGUGUGAUCACUUAAUAGACUUGGAAAUUAUUUAAUUGUUGUUAAGAUUAUGAGGGUUAUGAUAUGAGAUGCAGUUGUAGUUUUGUUUCUAGAAAAAUGGCACCGGGUUCGAGUUGCUGUACGGUAUAUUAAUUAUUAAGCUUGGAGAAAUACUGUAGUUUAGUUUUGUGGUUUUGUUGUCACUAACUGGUUUUACAUUGAUGGUUUUACACAAAAGCUACAAUGCAAUCUCAACAUGUAGCAAAACAGCUCACUGAUUUUUGAGAUAUGCCAUUUAAUGUCCCAUAAUUUUACCUGCCAUUAGUUUUGAAUUCUGUAAUAUUUCCACUUUGAGAUCAAUUAAAUGAUCACUAGAAUGUCCCUACUUGUUAUCGACACCAUCAGAUAUCCAUGAAACAUUUUCCUCCUUCCAUAUUUCACCUGCUAUAAGGUCAACAAGGUCACACAUGCUCUGGUGAGUUUUAAAGGGAUAGUUCACCCAGAAUGUAAAAUUCUGUCCUCAUUUACUCACUCCCGUGCCUUUCUGAAGCCGUAUGACUUUCUUUCUUUCGUGGGACACGAAAGAUGAUGUUAUGCAGAAUGUUAGUUUUUGUCACCAUUCAUUUCAUUACAUUUUUCUUUUUCCAUACAAUGCAAGUGAAUGGUGACUGAGGCUAAAAUAAAACAUCUCAUGCCUAAAAAUAAAAUACUUGAAAUACGAUCUUUACAAACCCAAUCCAUUCCCAGACAAAUUCUUUACAAAUGACGCUAUUGACAAGUCAUGGUUGAGAGAAAAAAAAAAAAAACUUUUAAAGUCAGAUGCUAUAUCUGCCAAUAUUUGACAUAACAAUUCAUAUGAUUUAUAAUCGGAUGGUGUUGACACAUGAGUGAUGGGCAAGGAAAAACACAUAUUUACCUUUAAUUAAUUUACUUUGGUACAUAAACUUCAAUUUUAAUUUUUUCAGUUCAGUAGCCUGUUUUGUUCCAGUACUCAAGAAUCAGUGAGCCUGUGAUCCCUGUGAAAACUAAAGAAUUCGUUUUGACAUGUACAGUGAAUUCAUAAUUCACAACUAAACUGUAUGAUCCCCCCUUCUCUCUCUCUCUCUCUCUUUUAACUUUCAGAUUAUAUGUUGCCUGACAAAUCUGUACACUGCUUUACUACAUUUUUAUAUUGUCCCCAGUGUAUUUAUAUCACAGUACAACCCUGCACAUGUUCUGUCUGAAUUCAAAGCACUGACCUCUAUAGCACAUGUCCCAAGUGUUUGUUUGUUUUUGCCCAGCAGAGUGUAUAUAUACAGUGGUAAACAGAAAGAAAUUAUUGCAUGUGAUUCUAUUUUUUCUAUCUCAUCAUUACAUUAAAAUAAUUGACCUGCCUGAAUAAUUAAUAUUUGAAAAUAUACUGUAUGAGGGAUAAAGUAUAUAGUAAAAUAUAUGAAUAUAUCUAUAUAGUAGGAGUGAUAUUUUUCAAGAUCAUUGUGUCAACCAUUGCUGUUAUGCUGAAAACAAGUGAGACAAAGACAGUCUCAAAGACAAAAAAAUACAGAUGAAAUAAAAAAAGACGUGUAUUUGAAA